AUGGAAACACAAACACAACAGCCACAACACCAACAACACCCUCAACAGCAGCACCAACACCAACCGGCAACAAGGCUGGUCUCCCACUGGGCAAAGUCUACCCCCGAGGAAGGCAUCCAGCUCAUCUUCAACAAAACAGACACCGACAACGCUCCCGCUGGAGUCCGCAUCCUCACCUCCCCUACAUCCAUCGAACGGCCCUGCCAAUGGGACAUCUGUCUCCGACUCCGAGCCAGCAUCUGGUUGAGCUCUGCUGAACAUGGCGGAGGACAAGGUGGGGAUGGUCAAGGAGAUGGAGGAGGAGGAGGCGGGAAUAUGAACUUUGAGGAUCCAAUGAACCCUGGUCGCGCUCGGUGCGACUCCUACCGGACUAUCUAUAUCUACAGCCCCCGACUUCGACGAGACAUCCAUGUCCAGCCCAUCAACCGGGACGUCUGGCCCCAAACAGUGGUAUUCAAGUGCGAAGACGUGACCGACGAGGAACACAAGUACCACUUCCAGAUAUGGCUUUCGGGUGCCAGCCCACGCCAGACUGAUGCCGAGACAGACGCUCGAACAACCCAACAAAAGAACCUGCUCUUUGCUAUGCGUCAAGAUACCUCUACUUGCAAUGUCCAGAUAUGUAUCAGAGAUCCACCGCCUCCAAUGACUGUCCCGCAGGCCUGUCUUGAGACUGCGUCAUCCAGGGUGUUUGCCAAGCAGGCUGCGAAUCUUGGUAGUCCUGGUGGACAUUUUAUGGAUGGUGGUUGCUACAGCCGAGAUUACAGCAACAACGGCAACUAUUGCAAUGCACCUUUGGUCACUGCCUCUUCCGCUCCUCCAGGAACGACAUACGUCAAACACGACAUCAAACACGCCCACAAACCCCAUGACAACAACAGCAACAACGAAUACUCUACAGAACCUGCCAGGGCAACAUUCUGGGCACACAAGACAAUCCUUGAGUCGGUCCCAUUCUUCUCUCGGAUGCUGAGCAGUGGGUGGUUUAAGGAAGGUCAACCGGGUCCGGAUGGGAUCUUUAGGAUCAAUCUUUCGAACGAUAUGUUUGAGCCCAAGAUCAUGGACACCUUGCUCGAUUAUGUCUACACCCGUGAGCCAAUCCACGAUGACGAGUCCAUGGGUAACGACGAUAAUAUCGACAAGACCAACAAUGGCAACGGAAAUGGCGAUGGCUACUAUAACAAUAACAACAUCAACUACAGCAACAGCAAUGCCCGCUACGCGGAAGACUACGGGUCAAUGACCGACUCGCCAACAAUAGACAGACGCCACUAUGUCAGCGCAAACGUCGCCCUCAACUUACAAACCGACGUCUCGGAACCCUCACCGGCACGACCUCACCACCCCCAAUUAAAUCCUUACUCUCAACCGCCCACAACAGCAGGGCGUAGCUCAUCCUGGCCCUUCACACCACCAACAACCACAGGCCACGGCCAUUGCCUCGACACCCCAUCCACUCUCACUUCCCUGCCCCCACCAACACCCAACCCAAUACACCCCUACAAAUCCCGACACACAAACUCCCUUCGCACGCGCUUGAAUCCCGAAGACUGGUUCCUCCUCUACCGCGCCGCCAUCCACAUGGAAGAUCUCCCACUGCAAGCCCAAGCACUCUACAAGAUCCAAGCUCAACUCAACGUCCAAUCUGCUCUCGAGCGUGCUCUGACUUGGGGACCGGGUUACCCAGAGAUCAAAAGGGUAGUGUUGAAGUAUGUGUUUGAUGAGCGACGGGCAAUCUUUGGAGACGAAGAGCGCAACCAGUUGAGACCAUACUUGUGGCCCGAGAUUGAGGAUCAGGUGGAUGUUCUUGUCGAGAUUACGAGCAAGAUUGCUCGGCAGUGA